CCCGCCCCCUGGUGUAGCUGAUGCUCUGCGGGAUGGGGGUCUGCAGUAGGAAAGCACUGACGCUGCUCAGCAGUAUAUUUGCGAUGUGUGGUCUGGGGCUUCUGGGGAUCGCGGUCAGCACUGAUUACUGGCUCUACCUAGAAGAGGGGUUAAUCCUGCCCCAGAACCAGACCACCGAAAUCAAGAUGUCCCUGCACUCCGGGCUGUGGAGGGUCUGCUUCCUGACAGGAGACGAGCGGGGCCGCUGCUUCACCAUAGAGUAUGUGAUGCCCAUGAACGUCCAGAUGAGCUCAGAGUCCACGGUCAGCGUCCUGAAGAUGAUCCGCUCCGCCACCCCUUUCCCUCUGGUCAGUCUCUUCUUCAUGUUCAUUGGGUUCAUCCUCAACAACGUGGGGCACAUCCGCCCGCACCGAACCAUCCUGGCCUUCGUCUCUGGCAUCUUCUUUAUUCUAUCUGGGCUCUCUCUGGUGGUCGGGUUGGUUCUCUACAUUUCCAGCAUUAAUGAUGAGAUCCUGAAUCGGACAAAAGACCCGGAGACUUUCUUCAGCUACAAGUACGGAUGGUCCUUCGCCUUCGCAGCCAUCUCCUUCCUCCUGACUGAGAGUGCGGGGGUGAUGUCCGUCUAUCUGUUCAUGAAGAGGUACACCGCAGAGGACGCCUACAGACCCCACCCCGGAUACUACCGACCGCGGCUCAGCAACUGCUCCGACUACUCCGGUCAGUUCCUGCACCCCGAGGCGUGGGUGAGAGGUCGGAGCCCCUCGGACAUCUCCAGCGAGGCCUCUCUGCCCAUGAGCUCCAACUACCCCGCCCUGCUGAAGUGCCCCGACUACGACCAGAUGUCCUCUUCACCGUGCUGAGCGCCGCACCGUCUCCUCAUUAUAUGUCAGGUCCUAGCGGGUCACCGGGCCCUAAGUAGGUUAGCACAACCAGCUCUGCUAUGUCAGGUCCACAAGAUGUAAUCCAGUAUAUAGAGAGGAAUCCACCGAGGAUGGGCAACUUCUCAUGAUGUCAUCAUGCAUGGUCCUGUCCUAGUGAUGUCAUCAUACAUGGUCCUGCCCUAGUGAUGUAAUCAUACAUGGUCCUGUCCUAGUGAUGUCAUCAUACAUGGUCCUGUCCU